CUGUGUUAAUAAACCAACAGUAAGUGCUUCAAAAUUCCAAAGAAAACCUGUGUUAAUAAACCAACAGUAAGUACUUAAAAAAUUCCAAAGAAAUCAUGUGUCAAUAACCAACAGUAAGUAUUUCAAAAUUCCAAAGAAAACCUGUGCCAAUAAACCAACAGAAAGUACUUUAAAAAUUCCAAAGAAAUCCUGUGUCAAUAAACCAACAGUAAGUAAUUUAAAAUUCCAAAGAAAACCUGUGCCAAUAAACAAAUAAGUACUUCAAAAUUCCGGACAUCACCCAGUUUACGAAAGCAUAUUUAAUUGGCGAGUUUCAAGAGCCUAGCGAAACUCACGAACCAUGAACAGAUCCUACAGACUCUUAAUCACCACAACAAUUCUCUCAAGUCUGUUGCUCUUCUACACGUCCUUCCUGCAUCUGAGAGCGACGGAAAAACACCUGAUAACCCUCAGAUUGUUCUGGAAGACUCAUGGCCCUCAAGCCCACGAAAUCCAGCAGGAGGAAGACAAAUUUGUUUCCAGUCUGAUGAGUCAUGAAGCCUACGAGGAAGAUCGUCUGGACCUGUUCAAUGAGACGUUAGUUGUCCCACACUUGAACGAAAAUGAACACGACCGAAAACCUCCGGCUUACAGGAAACUGACUACUGAUUACAAAAGGCCCCGUCACGUUCUUUGGAGACAAGAUGUCAACUGUUCGAGAAUAGACGUUCGAUUUGGCAUCAACAUCUCAGGAGCACUUCUUCACUCGUUUCCCCGGUCAGGAAACACAUGGUUGCGAUAUCUACUUGAGGCUGCGACAGGAAUCUUCACAAGUUCUUUCUACACUGAUAGAACCCUUAUACGGCAAGGUUACCUUGGAGAACGAGAUAAGUUCUGGGAGAAGACAACAAUAGCAACAAAGCUGCACUUCAUCAAACAUCUCAAACUCUAUCUCAAUGCACCAUGCAUCACCAUAAUCAGGAACCCAGCAAGGUUGUUUGUGUCUUUGUGGAGCUACGUAAAUGUUCAGAACCGACGUUUAAAACAUACCGCUGUUAUUCCAGAAAAUACUCUCAAUAGUACUGAAUUCCAUACAUUCAUCCAAGGCAAACUUAAAAAAUGGCUGAGAACUUACAUCUUUGCCUUGACGAAACGAAAAAUUAUCUUUCCUGUGUCUUACGAGCUGAUAAGGGAGGAUCCUAUAGGCCAAACUCGACGACUUCUCACCUUUCUUAAUAUAAAACCUGAUGAGAAUCGACUUGCCUGUCUAGCAAAACAUAUCACAGGAAAGGUGAAAGCAGGUCAAAGGAGCAACAAGCCUUACACACCUGAAGAAGAAAAGCAAAUGGAAGCAGCUCUAGAAAAGAUUAAUCACUACUUGAAAAAGAGGGGGUUACAACCAAUGCCUGCUUAUGACAAAUACAGCUGAUGAAAUGAAGGAAAACUAAACUGACAAUAUAAAUAUGUACUAAUCAAUCUUAGUUUUUCCUCUGGAAAUAGCACUAAAAGGCAUUUAAUUCUUUCCCAACCUCCAUGCUUAGAUAUAUAAUCAACCUUGCUAGAAUGCACACUCUGAAAGCAAGAAAUGUUAUUUCAUCAAGUGCAAUGAAGAGGAUUCCAAUCCAUGUUCUUUUGUUCCUUGUAUGUGAGAGGUCACCUGUUGCAGACAAAUUACAGUUAUUGAGUUGCCUUGACAAAUUACCAUUUAUUCCAUGUACCUAUUGCACUAAUUUAUUUUUCAUUGGCUUCCUAUUUAUUUACCAUAGAGUUCUGGUAUACUUUUUGCCUUUUAUAUGUCUAUUUCAUGCCUUUCUCUCUCUUAAAGGAAACAUGGGAGCUGCUCAAAAAGUACAAGCUUAUACUUCAUGUAUAUACACUUCCUCAUCAUACGCUCAAACAUGAAAAUGCUUUAAAAAAUUUCUUGUUCAUUUCUGAUAUUUUUUUAUGACUACUUAUUUCGUAUUUUUAUGAUUCUACUUAUUUGCUCUUCAUUCAUCAAUGUA